AUGGCUUCACAGACUGUUGCGCAAAGGCACACGGGAGAUGGAUGGGGUGGAAGCCUGGACAUGGCUAUGAAGAUCUUGCUGGCCGAGCUGCAAUGCACGACGGUUGACGGUCAAGGUCAUGUCGUGUGCACAAAGUUGCACCAGCGGCUGAAACGUGUGUGGCUGCAAGGAUACAUCCUGUGCAGGGAUGGCGAUGACGUUGCCGAUCUCGAUGAUGGGUCGGCAGUGAUGAGUUUAGACGUGGGAGGGCUCAUUGCAUCAAGCCCUGACGCCAGUGCUGCGCUGCAGGCUGGACGCUAUGUCUCGUGUGUCUGA